CACUUGCCGCGUCACUACCGGUACAUGACAACGUUCCCUCGCCAACGAAAAGAAACGUGAAUUUUGACAGUUGAAAUAUUAAAUCAAGACGAUGGCCUCGUCGAAUUAUACCCUGAAAGUCAACAGAGACUUGUUGGACCCAAACUUUGAGAGUUACCGCCUCUCCCUGGACCCCAUACCGACGUACGACGUUGUGCUGGACGCCGCCGUGGAGGAGGUGACGUUGAAGGAUUGUCAGUACACGCUGGAGCACGUGCGCGCCUUUGCCAUGUACAAUUACCUCCACUUGGACCCCUGGUACGACGACAGCGUGUUGUUUGUGGACUGCAAAGGGCGAGUGCUCAGUCUCACCGUCACUCUGGACACAGUGCUGGGCAAGCCGAGGGAGGUGUUCCGCCUGGGGACCGAAGUCGAACGACGCGAGGACCGCGUGUGCCCCUCCCUCAGCCUCACGUCGGCCACCUGGGCCGCCCUCUCCGACGGCGCCGGGCGACUCUACCUGCUUCGCACCAGCAAGCGGGGAGACAGCACCCACGGAAAGUGGGAGCCCUUGUUCACAGAGGACUUGGGGGAGCCCUUCAUCGUCCUCCACAGCGUGGCCCACCUCCAGGCGGGCGCCCACACGCUGGAGGUCCUGCUGCUCCGCGUCGUCAAGGACCCUCAGGAAACGGCGGGAAGUGGAUACUCGGUGACACUCGAGUGGAUCACGGUCGCCAACGCGCCGGGGCAAGGCUUGGAGAAGAAUUACGAAGUGAAGAAGAGGCGGCUGCUCCGGGGAAAGUCGGUGCCUCAUUACGCCGCCGUGACGCCGGAGGGCGACGGCCUGAUGGUGGCGUCGGAGAAGCCCUUCGCCUUCACGCACUUGGACGGCCAGCCCCUCAAGCAGCCGCAGCCGGCGGCGGGCGAGCCCCCCGUGGAUCUGGACAAGCUGGAUCCCGUCUACUUCUGGCAGCAGACGUCGGACGACAUCACGGCCAACGUGCGCCUGCCCGAGGGCGUGACCAAGGACGCCAUCCGGUUCCGGCUGACGGCGGACACGAUCAGCGUCGGCGUGCGGGGAUCGGCGUCCCUGCUGGAGGGCCAGCUGUACGCUUCCGUAGACCCCGAGGCCUGCACCUGGAUCCUCAGGGAGAACAAAAGCCUGGAAGUGAGCCUGCAGAAGCGCACCGAGGGACCCGUGUGGCCGGAGCUGGUGAUGGGUGACCGUCGAGGGGAGCACGUGAUGAGCGACGAGCAGGCCGCCCUCGUCCGCGAGAGGCUGACCCACCUGACAUCCGAAGACACGCACGCUAAUCCCGACCUGGACAAGCCGGCCUGCAACUCUCAGGAGCUGGAGGACUGCGACGGCUACCCGGAGGACACGUCCAGCCUCGUGCACUUUGACGGCGAGUCGCUCGAGACCACUCAGGUGGUGAACCUGGGCAGCCAUCAGUACCUCUUCACCGUGACCGCGGACCCGACCCUGAUGCCCUGCUUGUGCCUGCGCCACGACGUGGACGCCCUGCUGUGGCAGCCGCGCCCCGACCGGCCCGCCGACAUGUGGGAGCACGUCGCCACUUUCAACGCCCUGGGCUACGUGCAGGCGUCCAAGCGGGACAAGAAGUUCUCCACGUGCGCGCCCGACUUUUCCUACGCGUCGCUGUGCGAGUGCCUGCGCCGCGCCUUCAUCUACCGCCAGCCGUCCCCGGCGGACGGCGUGCUUUUCAACAGGAAGCAGGGCCGGCGGGUAGGGCAGGUCGCCAAGCAACAGGUGGCCGGCCUGGCCUCGGACAAAGUCGUGCUGGGCUUCAGGGCGACCGACGAGAGGCUCUUCGCCCUCACGUCCGCCAACCUCUUUGUGCUGAAGGUUAAUAAUAAGUAAGAGCGGAACGAGAGCGUUCCGGAACACAAAGUCGCUUCUCCUCGGACUGAAAGCGUCAAAUAUAAAAAGGCCGCUUAACCCAGGGGUGGGCAAACUUUUGUGCUCAAGGGCCUCAUUUGACAAACGGGCCACGUCAUUUUUUCGAGAGGAGGAAGAAAAAAAAUAAAAAUCCAUCCAUCCAUCCAUCCAUCAUCUAUUCAUUUUCUUAUACCACUCAUGUAUAUGUCAAAUAUGUAAAUUUAUACUAAUCCAUCCAUCCAUUUUCUGAGCCGCUUCUCCUCACUGGGGUCGCGGGCGUGCCGGAGCCUAUCCCGGCCGUCAUCGGGCAGGAGGCGGGGUACGCCCCGAACCGGUCGCCAGCCAAUCGCAGGGCACAUAUAGACAAACAACCAGUCGCACUCACAGUCCCAGUCGCACCUACGGGCAAUUUAGAGUCUCCAAUUCAUGCAUGUUUUGGGGACGUGGGAGGAAAGCGGAGUGCCCGGAGAAAACCCACGCAGGCACGGGGGGAACGUGCAAACUCCACGCAGGCGGGGCCGGGGAUUGAACCCGGGUCCUCGGCGCUGUGAGCCUGACGCUCUAACCGGUCGGCCACCGUGCCCCGCCCGUUCUAAUUGAUUCCGGUUAUUUAAUUUAAAAAGUUUGCAAAAAUCUAUAUGUAAACUUGUUUGUUUAAAUAAUAAAAUAAAAUCCAAGCUAUCAUUUGUAUAUAGUUGUAUUUAUAAUAAAUUAGAAAUAAGUAACCCAUUAUUGAAUAAAAAAUUGCCGACUGUAUUAUGUAUAAUUAAUGUAA